CCUAACGCCACUCAUAUUUCGUUUGCAUAACAACCCUAGAAAAUUUUUUCCCUUACUCAUUAUCUCACAAUGGAGAGUUACGGAUCGGGUCAAAGGCCUUACGGGGUUGAUCGACGGGUCGAGAUAGUAAGCGGGAAGAGUUCGAACGUCGGACCCAAUCAGAUCUUCUCGAGUCGUUCCCGCUCUCCCGAUUUACAACCCGUGCCGAAUCGGACGGCUGGGCCGAGUCAAGGUGCGUCGAAGCCGUGGGGGUUUACGGAUCCCGAGGUGAAGAGGAAGAAGAGGAUAGCAAAAUACAAGGUUUACACUGUGGAAGGAAAAGUAAAGGCUUCUUUGAGGAAAGGGCUCCGUUGGAUCAAGAACAAGUGCUCGCAGAUCGUCCAUGGAUACUAAAGGGUGGCAAAAUUUGUGGUUCAGAUUGUGUACACGUCGGAGGGUGGGAUCCGCUAGUGAGGUGGCGAGAUCUUGUUGGAAUUGAUAGUUUUGACAUUCGUGGGUAAGUAAAGAUACUACUAAGAUGUAACACAUGACAUAAUUUUUAGUAAAUUUUUUAGAAAGAGGAUUUAUUUUUUCUACUUUCGUUGUACUCACUAAAACAGUGGAAAAUGGCGUUUAAUUUAUGAUGGGAUAGUUUUCUUUUUC